GAGAGAGAGAGAGAGAGAGAGAGAGAGAGAGAGAGAGAGAUAGAAAAUAGAACUUUAUUGAGGAAACAAAAGAAUUGGGUUAUCUGGCGGGAAUAAGGCUGAACCCAAUUUUUUUAUUUUUCAAAAGAAUAAGAAAAUACUAAAAAAAUGGGUUUCCCUCUGACCAAAGACUGAAAAAGAAACCAACAGUAGUGACUUUCUCUUCCUCUUCACAUGCGUUCUCCCAAAAAAAGUGAGAGUUUUACUGCUUAAGCUAAUUGAAGAAUAGCUUUUUAGUGUUCCCCUGCAUCAAUUAUGGUUAUAUUUUGAAGAAUUUAUUCAAUAUCCCAACAUUCCAUAGCUCCUUCAAGGAUUCCUCCCUUCUUUUCCCAAUGGCCUGAGUGAGAGUCCUCAAUGGAUCCUCGCCAAGAUGAGAUUUUGAGCUUGUGGGUGGCUCUCUUUUGAGGUUUUUAGUGACGGGUACUCACUACGUUUGAGUUUUAUGAGUUUUGAUCUACUGGGGAUUUAAAUAUUGAAAUUUGGGCGUCAGUAAACCUUGAAUGCCUGAAGAAUUGAAAUAUGGACCCCAAGAGCUGGCUAUGGAGAAGGAAAUCUUCUGAUAAGAGCCCAGGAGAGACCGAGAGCUCAGGAUCGGCGUCAUCCCAUUCUGAGAGAUACUCAGAUGAUCAGGAGGGAUUGAGGGCUUCUCCCAGUGACAGUUCCCCAAUUGAUUCUUCCCCUAAUCAUGCUGAAUCUGCAGAGAUUUCACCUAACAACCGUGGGAAUGAAAUCCACGAAACUGUUAAGAGUCUAACUGAGAAAUUAUCAGCUGCUAUUUUGGACAUCAGUGCUAAAGAGGCCUUGGUGAAACAACAUUCAAAGGUAGCUGAAGAAGCUGUUUCAGGCUGGGAGAAAACAGAAUCUGAAGUUGCAGUUUUAAAGCAGCAGCUUGAAGCCACAACUCAACAGAACUCUAUCCUUGAAGAUAAAAUAAGCCACCUCGAUGAGGCUCUUAAGGAGUGUGUUAAACAACUAAGACAAGCGAAGGAAGAACAGAAGCAAAAAAUACAUGAUGCUACCAGUGAGAUGACACAGAAACUGGAACUCAACAAUUCUGAGCUCGAGGACCAACUCAUUGCCAAUCUUAAAUCCAAACUUGAAGCUGUUGAAAAAGAAAAUUCAUCUCUCAAAGAGAAGCUUCUUGCUCAAUCAGAGGAACUUGAGAUACAAAUACUAGAGAGAGAAUUAAGUACUCAAGCAGCAGAAGCAGCUAGUAAACAACACUUGGAAGGCAUAAAAAAGAUCACAAAGCUUGAAGCUGAGUGUAGAAAACUGAGGACUUUAGCACAAAAACCAUCAUCAGUCAAUGAUCUCAAGACUAAUUCAUGGACGUCGGCUCUAAUUACAGAGCUUGCUCAGUACAAUAAUGAGAAACCUGAAGAAAAACUCCUCACUAAUUCUGUUGACAUCGACAUAAUGGAUGAUUUCUUAGAGAUGGAGAAGCUUGCUUCAAUGGCUGAGGCUGACCAUAGAAGUUCUAGCUUUAGUCUUGAAGAUGAAAUUAUGAAGAAAAAGACAGCUGAAUUGCGAGAAAAGGUUGAAAAUCUUGACACCGAGAAAGCUAAGAUGGAAAUAGCUUUGGCUGACAGUCGAAAUCAGCUAAGUAUAUGUGAAAGUAAGUUGAUUAAAUUACAGAUGGAAUUGGACUUAGCUAAUGAAUUGAAACAGGAUGCUAUGGAAAAAAUGGCAGAUAUGGACGCAAAGGAAAAAGUAUUGCAGUCUCAACUGGACUCAACUCUGCUUGACAUUGAGAAAAUGCAAGAUAAAUUUACAUCUUUGGAAAGAAAAGCUGAGGACAGUUCAUUAUCUUCAGAAUUAAAAACUAAACUAGAAGCUUCAGAAGCAACAAGGGAGUCUGUUGAAUACAAACUCCAGUUAGCAUAUACAGAAGUAGAGAAGCUGCAUAAAAAGAUUCGGGUAUUAGAGGACAGAAUUGAAGAGGAAAGAGUACUAUCUCAAGAAUUUGCAGAUUCUGAAAUUAGAAAGCUACAAGAGAAGGUGUAUUUGUUAGAAGAGAGACUUCAAGAUGAGAGAGCAUUGUCUACAGAAUUUGAGGCUAAAAUACAAGCUGUGGAGGAUGAGAAAAAAGUGUUGGAGUAUGAGCUUGAGUCGGCAAAUUCAGAUGUCAGAAAGCUAAGUGAUAAGGUGAGUUUGUUGGCAGAGGAAGUAGAUAAUGAGAGAACACUAUCUACAAAAUUUGAAGAAAAAUGCAAGAAUCUGGAGGAUGAGCUUUCAAGGAAGAGGAGAGAAGCUGAACUCAGAGUUGUGUCAUUCUCAAAUGGAGACCUAACAGUAAAACAGGAGAAAGAGCUAGCCAUGGCUGCUGAGAGGCUAGCAGAGUGCCAGAAGACAAUAGCAUCUCUUGGUCAACAGUUGAAAUCAUUGACAACAGUAGAAGAUAUCAUCAUCGAAUCUGAUAAUUUUGAACUCAACGGAAGCUCACCAAAUUGUAGAAACAAUAACACUAAUAUACUAAACACCAGUAUUGAUCCUUCAGCAGGUAUAAGCAGUAGUAAUCUCUCUAAUGGCAAAGUGAAAGGCUCUCCUUCAUCUCCGACAUCUUCAAACUCAAUGCUAUCAGGUUUUGGGAGAUUUUUAUCUAGAAAUAGGAGCAAGGAUCGGGUAGAAAAUGAGUAGUAUACUGAAAUUGUUGUGGUAUAGGGAACUGGGGUUGACUGUAUUUGCACAUGUACAUUUUAUGGAGAGAUUAUGUUCAGUGUACUUGUGUGUGAUUCUUCUGGCUUCAGAGCAUUCGAAGUUAACCAUAGAUAGAAAAAGAAGGUCGAAGGAUUUGUGUU